CUCCACGGUAACGUGACGUAAUCACCGUGCGCCGCCCGCAUUGCGUCAUCACGCCGCGACGCGUCUCCAUGGCGGCGGCAAGCACCGGGCCGUACCGGCGGGAGCGGAGCCUGGCGCUGCGGAGCAGCAGCUCGGCCCUGUACAACAACCUGGCCGUGCUGUGCCCGCCCUGCCGUGCCCCCGCCUUCGGGGCCGUGCACGGCACCACGCUCAGCCUGCUGGCCAGCGAGGGGCCCCCCCGGCAGCUGCAGGCGCGGGGAGGGGGCUCUGCCCUCAGCACCCCCCUGCUGACCCAGGCCGCGUGGUGCGAGCUCCCGUCGCGGGUGCUGCUGGUGCUCACGUCCCAGCGUGGGGUCCAGAUGUACGAGGCUGAUGGCUCCACCAUGGUGUUCUGGCACGCCCUGGACGUCCCAGAGCUCCCGGCAGAACAUUCCGUGUUCGCCCGAGGCAUCGCCGCGGUCGGCGGCCGCUUCAUCUGCGUGGGUGAGCCCGGGGCGUGGCCAGGGUGGUGGCUCUGGGCUGGCCCAGCCCCUGCUGACCCCCCUGACCCCACAGGGACGUCCUUUGGGGCCGUGCUGGUGUUUGACAUCCCCCCAAAAGGGACCAAUGUGACGCUGAGCGAGGUCCUGGAGCAGCACCGGGAUCCCAUCACCGACAUCGCGGCCGAGCGGGGCCAGGCCCCGGACGGGGCUGGGGACCUGGUGACAGCCGAUGACUCCGGGACGCUGUGCCUGUGGAGCAGCGGGGAGGAGUUCACGCUGCUCGGGAAGAUCCCGGGAUCUGGCUGCACCUGCUCCUCGGUGGCGCUGUGGAACGGGAUCGUGGCCGCGGGCUAUGGGGACGGGCAGAUCCGGCUGUGGGAGGCGGGGUCGGGGCGGAUCCGUGCCCAGGUCAGCGCCCACGCCCGCUGGAUCUACGCGCUCGACUUGGCACCGCUCACCGGCAAGCUGCUCUCGGGUGCAGAGGAUUCCUUUGUCCACGUCUGGAAGCUCAGCAGGAACCCGGACACCGAUGACAUCGAGAUGCAGCACUGCCACGCCGAGUGUGUGACAGACACUCAGGUGUGUGGCGCCCGCUUCUGUGACCCCGCCGGGGACACCUUCGCUGUCACCGGCUACGACCUGAGCGAGAUCCUCUGCUACGGCCCCGCCUGAGCCGGCACUGCCGGGAUAACGGGAACGCCGGGAAUGCCGGGACGCUCCGGCAGCGCGGCCGUGGGUGAGGGCUGAGCACAGACCCCCCUGCAGCUCCGUGGGGGGAGCCCGGCCGGGAUCCCCCCCUGCCCGAAGCCCUCCCGAGGGCUGGGAGCUGCUCCAGCACCCCCGAGGGGAUCCUCCCAUGGCUUCCACCGGCUCCGGGAUCCUCCCGUGGCCUCCCGCCCUUCCCGGAGGGUGGCGUGGCUGGGAACAGGCCCGGCUCAGACGGGAGGAUCCCGGGAAACCUGUGCUACCUGCUGCUCCGGCCCGGAGAGCCCCGAGCCCAGCCCGGCGUCCCAGGGUGCAGCAUCUGCCGGGCACGGCUGCUGGGGAGGGAAAAAAUGGGGGAGGGAGGCCAUGGGGACAUGGGGGAUCCUGCAUCCCAACCCCCCAGGAUCCCAAAUCCCCAUGGGAUGCUGCAGUCCCAUGGCCACUGGCCAGAUGUUUGAGGCCCCAGCUGUGCUCCGGGGCUGGAAACAGCAGCAGCAGCUGCAGUGGGACCCCAGGGACGUCCCCAGGUGCCCUCCAGGCCCCCCUGACUGUCCCUGACCCUCCCACGGGAGCUGAGGUGACCCCAGGCUCUGCUCCCAGGGCCCUGCGAGGCCGGGAGGGGGGAAUGGGGGGCCCAGCCCUGGAGCUGGGCUGGGGCUUGGCCUGGGACGGGCCCUGAGGUGGGGGGAACCCCCCAACCCCACCCCUCCUGCCCACCCAUAAAUGACCCUCCCACCCUUUAUGUCCCACUCGUGUCCCCCCCAGUGUGUGGGUCAGAUCCCCCCACGUCUGUUCCCCCCCCCAAUAAAUACACCCCAGUGAAGUCC